AUGAGGGUUUUAAACAUUGGAAUGUUAAGUAUAAUUGCUGGCAUAGUUUCGACAGCAGGCUCUCUCACAGCUACCGUAGGAGGUUCUGUUGACUUUACUUGUACAUACACCCUAGACACUGGUGAUACAGUCCCAGGAGGUUCAAUUUCUUGGCAAGUUAAAACAGGCUCAGGACCUGAGGAUUUUACAAACAUUGCCUUUUUUUCUCCUCCUGGUUCUAGUGGUUCCAAUUCCUUUACACAGUUUGCCACAGAUUAUAAGAAUCGUUCUGAAUUAUUCAAUGUUACAGCUAAUGGAGCUAAUACUUAUGUUGUUGUGAUGAGGGUAAAUGAGGUGGUGUGUACAGAUGAGAAACACUAUAGGUGCUCUGUUUUAUUCAUCAGUACUACAUUAGGUCCCAUAACUAAGACAAAAGAAACAUCACUCACUGCUAGAGCACCUGCUGAGCAGCCUUAUGCCAUUCCAGUUCCUGACCCAGACAAUAUAGAGGAAAACAUGGAAGUAACACUUUCCUGUACAGCUAAUGUUGGGAAGCCACCCGGACAAAUCAGGUGGUGGCGCUACAGGAACGGGAUCACAGCACCACAGGAAAUGACAGGGGUGUCUACCAGCACCCCACCGGUUCAGAACGGUGUGUGUGUCUACAAUGUGACCAGCACAGUAACGUACAGAAUGACUAAAGACGAUGAUCAAUCGGUGUGGAGAUGUUUCGUGGACAAUAAACUGUUGACAAUGCCAGACAGGGAUAAACCAAAUCAAGAAUCUAAGAGAGUUAAUGUAUUCUGUAAGUAUGAAUAG